AUGGGCGCAUCGCCUUCUAAAGCACGCCACGCAGAACGACCACAGACCCCCACCCCCGAUGCAGCAGCCGGCACUUCUCUCCGACCGUACGACCAAGCUCUCGAAGCGCAAGUUCAGAGUCGCAUCCACUACCAGUCCUAUCCCGUCUUCAACGUUCUGACAGACGACAGGCACCUCAUUGAAUAUGCACGCAGCCGAAAGGGUGCAGUCUGGCUUAGUCAAGCCAACCAUUACGGAGCAGCACCGCUUAUCGUUCAGUCCUAUACUCGCGAUCAACCUGCUGUUCCGAGACAGGAACUAUCAUACGCUUUGCACGAUCAUUUGAGCUGGGCCAAACAGGCUGGAGAUGCCAACGGUGAUGCUGCUAGAUUGCUGCGGUUCGGACCUUCUUUCCGGGAAAGCACGCAAGAGCCGGUGGCCUGGAGGAAGAUUUGGAAGAGCAAAAAAACAGUAAUGGUACCGCCGACUCGAGACGAUCCAGACUGGCUACCUAUCAGGAGGACGUUGGCGGCCGAAAGGAGCAUCCUACUCAAGGACGAUACAAGGGGUAAGAUUCUAGCUUUCAGGCUCGACCGUGUCGGCAACGUCGAGAUGCAAGUCGAGAAUAUUGCGCGGAUGCUCGCGAAGAGAGGCACGCGCUCCGAUAUCAAGGAUCGACAGCUCUCAAAGCGGAUGGAGGCCGGACCAUCGUCCACUUACAACGGACGCCCAGACCGGAUCGUCACCUUUAGAGACUUGAGCACCCGUUUUGUGUACGAUCCACCCGCAACUCAGCUGACGGACGAACAGCGUGAACGCAUGUUCGCAGACACAGUCCACUAUAAUGGCGUCCCCGUCAUUUCUGGAGGACAAGUCUACAAGUCUCAGGUGCAACACGCGCUUCACGCGCACGAUCCGGUCUGGUUAACGUCGAUUCCACCCAACGACCCGCAUAGCUUUGAACCUCCCGUGAAAAUGUAUCGCGACGGUCAACUAAGACCCUUCCGCGCGCAAGAGGUCUCUGCGUAUCUGUCGGAUGCCGCAGCUGCUCAAUUGGCGUACGGUAAGAAAGUGAUGAAUCUCAUGUACGGCAUGCCGUUCUCGCGUCGUCAGCCGAGUGGAUUCUUCUCCCGCUCUCGUUACUCAAAGCCAAGUUGGAGCAAGGUUGAUCAAGAAGGCACCUCCUUUCCCAUCGCUGACAGCGACGUCUAUCACAUGAGGCGACACCUGGACAGCAACAACUUCCUCAAAGCCGUCGAUUCCGACAACAACAAGGUGUGGGGACUUCGACUUGACGCAGCUGGUAAAGUUGAGAUCGAGAAUCUCCUCAACACCGCUCGGAGGAUCGCAAAACGCAUGACGUCCGAGUCAGAGACCUUUGAACCUAGGACCUCCAAGUACGUCGAGUUCUACCUUCAGCGUCUUCCUAGAGAUGACCGUCUAGCGCCUCUGUCAGCCGUAGAAAAGGGCCGCUUCUACUCGGAGCAUUUGCACUACAAAGGCGAGCCCAUCUUCGUUCCAGCUACGGACAGCAACGUAUUUCAUAAAGUCAGGCAGGCUAUGCACGAUUAUCCCGGAUACUGGAUCGUCGGUGGUCGAAGAGACGAUCCUGAUCACAUCAUCGCGAAGCGCGUCCAGUCUGCGGACUACCGGCUGUCGGAUCACGGCUCGGAGGAGGUGAUCGAAAGGAUGCAGAGCUUGAAACGACUUGGCGAUGCUCAAGCUCGCGACAUGAUGCUUCUCACUCAGGGGCCGCCUUUUCCCGAACGUCGACGGCCUAGCUUGUUCCGAAGCUACAAGACUCCCAGCUGGACUACGGUCGGCAAUGAAGCGCCGAAGCUUUCGGUUCAUGCGCCAACAAGCGAAAAGUGGCAGACGCUGCAUGACAGCAACAUGCUAGUUGUAGUCGGCGAGCAUUCGACUGUGGGGUAUGUGGUGGACAAGGCUGGUCGAGUGCUCCACGCUGCUGUGUAA